UUUUUUUAUGAACGCCGGCAAGGAACUGUUGGAAAGAAUGUCGUUACAGGAACACACAGAAACAUCCUCGUUAUUCUUUAAGAGUGGAGUCAGGGAACGGAUGAAAGAAAAGAAAAAUGGAGCAUUAAGAACAGCAAAGCUGAAUGCUUCCCUUGUAUCAAAGAUCAGAACAAGAACAAUAAAUAAUUCCUCUAUUAUUAAGGUCUCCCUGAAACAGAACAACAAAGCAUUGGCUCUGGCCCUCAAUGCUGCCAAGAUAACAGCUCAGAAACUUACCGAAGACAAGAUGCUGCUGCAGAAAGAAGUGGAAUUGGGUCACUUUGAAAAUGCUUGCUUGCGCCAAAAGCUCUCAGCUGUGAAUAAAUAUAUUGAUCAACUGCAGCCCUUUAUAAAUAGCUGCUUUCAAACUGCAAUCAAGCUGACCAGAUUUUCUGAGAGUGAUUCUUCAUUGCUGAAUGAAAGAGGACACAGUGGUACUCAGGAUACUUCUGGCAAUCAGGGCGGUGGCAACUGUUCUCGAGUGGUACCAAAAUCUAUGAGAAUUCCGCUUUCACAUGUAGAUGAUGAAGAAAGUGACAAUGGGAGAAACACGUCCACCAGUUUGGAAACAUUUCCUUUCGAUCCCUUGGAAUAUGCUUUUGGUGAGACUUGGAGAAGUAGGCCCUUACCUGAGGUAAAGAAGUCGUUCUCUUCUUUCCCCGACAAAUCACUGGCAAUCAGUGGAAAAAGUGGUCAAGAGUUACAUGGAGAGGAUGGCUCUGCUUUGGCACUUAAUUCAAGCACAAUUUUUGGAGACAACCUUUGGAAUGUGCCACAGAAUUCCAGGAGUUGCUCGCUGUCUAUCCUCAAUAAGAAUUCUCCUGUUCAGCGAUGUGAGGAUACUACAAGACCAUUCAGUGAUAGUAUGUUGUUGAGUGAACAUGUCACUAAGAGAAAGAAACGCAGAACAGGCUUACCUGCUGCAUUUAGAAACUACUACUCUGAGACAGAGCUGUUGGACACUGAUGACCUGCAGUGGACAAAGGAAGCAGAGUCCCUUCCUAAAGAGAAUCUUGAAGUCAGUCAUGUUGGUGAACUUAUUACACUGGACACCAAAAGUAAAAGCUAUAUGAAGUUCAAAGCCAAUGAAACAAAUUUACCUCUAGAAAAAGGUAAUGCUGAAACAAAGAACACAAGCUAUUCUACUAGUCAAUCAAAAUUAAACUUGAAUACUGGUAAUAAUGGAAAAAUGGAUAUUCAUGUUGCAAUGUCAAAAACCAAUGAACUGAACAGCAGCAAGAUAAAACUUCCUAAGCCUGCCUGUCAUAUUGAAAAUUCAGGUCAGACUGAGGAGGAGGAAUGUAGUUCCCAACACUUAGACCAAACCACACGAAACAGAAGAACCUUUGUGGUGGAGCCAAAUUGUGUAAAUAACUGUAACCCUACAGCUCAAGAAAUAAAAAAAAGGAUGUUCUUGGAAAAAAUGAAGAACUUAGAAAAUCAGUUCCAAAGGCCAGAGUCUCGACCAUUAAGCAAUGAAAUUCAACAAAAUGAGAAAAGCUAUAGUUAUAGUACGAACUGCCCAAAUAAAACCAAAAGUUAUAGAAGGACUAUUGUGCUAGAUCCAGGACCCCCUGAUGAUAGGAACAAUUAUACUUUUCAACAUGAUACUAAAGAAAAGACAGACUUGGAGAACUUAGAUAAUCUAGGAAAAUGGUUCCAGAGCCCAGAGUCUAAUUCAUUAAACAUUAUUGUGAGUACAGAACAUUCAGUUGGUUUCCAGAAGCAAGUCCCUAGUCAAGAAGCAACUUCAGGACUGAAUGUAAAGCAUAAAAAAUCAAAGAGGAAGAUGCAUGAAAUCAAUGGAUCCCAUUGGCUAAGUGAGAUGGAAGGACAGAGUUUAGAUAAUAUAGGCUCUGAGCUUCAACAAUCAGAAAGUAAAACCCAAAAAAGACAUAGAGGUAAAACAGUGAAUGCUGAUAGGGCUAUCAUGCAGAGAGAACACUGCAGUGCCAAUGCAGAUGGGUUUGAUUUGAGUGAAAAAGCCCCAAAAGUCAGUAAAAACAAGAGAAAAAAAUCAAGAUGUACACCUUCUGCAUUUUCAGUUCCCUUGGAUGAUGAAGAUAUUUUUUUUGAAGGCAGGGAUAGGAGCUCAGUCCAAAAGAGCUGGGGAACCUCAACCAUCCCAAACAGUUGCUCUUUAUCCAAAAUAAAUAGCAGCCAUUCAGAGAAGACAAGCUGGAUUGCCAAAGGCUACGAGGCUGGUUUAAAGAAAAAAAAGAAAACAUGCACUAUAAAUGAUUCGAGUAAUGAUGGUGCUGAUUCUGAGUUUGUCCUUCAAGGUCCAGAGGAAUGUGAAACCAGUCAAACCAAUCAGACAAGUUGGAGCUUUCUUCAAGUUCCGGGCUGCAGAGCUCUGCAAAAUCCUUCUAUUGUGGAUAUUACCAAGACUUUGCCUGUAAAUCCUGAUUCUCCUUCAGGUGUCCUUUCUAAAAGCUCUAGCUGUUCACAUACUAUGCUUCACCCUGUUGAAGCCCAGGCAAAUCCAGAGAGAGAUUCUGCUUUGUCAACGAUCUCAACUGUCUUCAAGAAUGAUAUUGAGAAAGCAAUGGCUUCUGGAAGACAGGAGAAGCAACCCAUACAGGCCAUUCCAGAAUUAACUUUACAAAAUGCAUCACUACAAGAAAACGGGAACAAAGUACUGAAAGAUUUGACCAAUUCCAUCCCUCUUGAAACUUCUCCAAUACGUCCAAAUAGACGAAGAAAAAAGGAUGUUUCCUAUGCAGAGCCUAGGCUGAAUAGCAAACUGAGACGUGGUGACCCAUUUACAGUUACUGAUUUCCUCAGCUCCCCCAUCUAUAGAACAAAAAGUAAGAAAUCGACAGAAGGAACUGGAAAGCCCAGGAAAACCAAGAUCACAAAAAAAGGAAAUUCAGCUUAGAUUUGGUGACUAGUCUUUAGACAAACAGCAAUGCAAUUGUUUCCUAGCUAUGGGUUUAUUCUUAAUUGACCCAUUUUUAAUAAUUUCAUUUUAAAAAUAAAAUUCUUCUCUACAAAUAUGUUUCUCAAAGUAGGUCUGUUGAAUUGUAUUGCAUUUAUUCUAAGAAUUCCAAGAUGCAUUGGAAGACCUAUAUGUAAGCUUGGAAAA